UAACUUGUAAAGUGAUUUGAUAUGAAAUGGGCCUUACACUAAAGUAUAAAUUGAAAUAAUUUCAUCCAACAUGAAACGCGCAAUUUAAAUUUCUUUAAACGCCCAAAUGUUCGAAUAAAGUGAAACUAUCCCUCUCCCAACUUCAUCUAUUCUCAAAUCUCAACAACUUGUAUAUAUUCUUGUCACGCUUUUUUCACUCGAAUAUUCGUCUAUCAACUAAUUGGGUACUCCAUUAUCUCUUCGCAAUUUUCGGGAUUAACAUUUUUAUCGAGCUAUCUUCAAGAGGUACUCGACUUAUAUAAAAAAAAAAUACUUCUACGAACAUACCAAUUAAAUACAACCCGAUAAAUUCAGUUACUUCGGCGACACCUUGCACCUCAACCUUAUCGUCCAAUACCCGACCAUGCGAUCCGAUAUUCUGCCUCGACGAAUACCCAAGAGAUACGUCAUCGUUCUCAUGGUAUUCUUGGGUUACGUGAACUUCUACUACUUGCACACCAAUCUCGGUAUGGCCGUUGUGCACAUGACGUCAUCCAGGAAAAUCACCUACUCAAAUGGCACCGUCCAACUAAUAAGACCAGAGCAUCCUUGGAAUUCGAUUCAGAAGGCUUUGGUGAUAAGCUCGUUCGCUUAUGGACGUUUCUUUGGACCGGUUGGAGCGGUAUUUGCUGGACGGAUUGGAGGCGCGACUCUGUACAGUGUUGGUAUUUUGGGAGCAGCGGUCACCACUUUCUGUAUGCCAUUUUGCUUGCACUUUAGUUUUUAUUUAUUCGUGCUCGGUAGCGCUAUCUCUGGUUUAUUUGAGUCUGUAGCUUAUGCCAGUGUUUCGCAAAUAUGGUCGAGAUGGGCUCCUCCCGACGAAAGAGCCAAAGUAAUCUCCUUGGGAGGGAUCGGUACAUUUGGAGGUUCGGUGGUCUCAUUUUUAGUCUCUGGAUGGAUCCUUCACGAAUGGGGUUGGCGAGUUUUGUUCCACGUAAGUGGCAUCUCGAUGUUCGUAUGGUUCUGGAUAUGGAUAAUGGUGGUGAAAAACGAUCCUUCCGAUGAUAAACGUAUGUCUGACGCUGAAAGAACAUACAUCAAAGAUCGUAUCAACAAUCAGGUGAGAAGCAAGAAAUUAGCGUAUCCUUGGAAAAAUAUCGUUUCUUGUGUUCCAUUUUGGAUGGGAUGUCUUUGCAAGUUUGGUAUGGGAGCUGGAUACACGUUCACAAUGAUGUAUUUACCACAAUAUAUCAAAGAUAUUAAUGAUGUGGAUAUUAAAAAAAUUGGUUAUAUUUCGCUGUCACCUCAAAUAUGCUCCCUGAUUUCGAUGCCUUUAGGAGGAUAUGUUUUCGAUUACAUCAGAUCGAAUAGAAUACUCCGAUUGACAAAUAUUCACAAAUUAUUCGUCUGUAUUGGAUUACUUUUUGGCACGUUGGCUUUCUUGGUGGCAGGCUUUUGGCCAAAUUUCGUCAUCGGUAUAAUCUGCAUGUGUGUAUUUCAAUUCUUCGGAAGCUGCACAGUACUGGAUAUCAAAAUUUUGGUUCUUGAUCUAGCACCACGAUACGCCGCCUUUAUGAACUCGGUAGCCACAUCUUUCUACACAGCAUCCAGUAUCUUGACCCCAAUCGCAGUUGGCUUCAUUGUUACAUCUCACAGCCAAUUCCAAUGGAGUAUAUGCUUCAUCAUACUCGGAAUUUUGUAUCCUGUCAUCGCUUUGAUGUUUUUGAAAUUCGCCUCUGCAGAGCUUCAGCCAUGGGCGAAUUAUUCUCCCAGUGAAUGUGAUCAAUGCGAAGAUGCAGAUUGUACAAAUAAGAAAACAUCUUCCAAGAUGGAUGAUUUUUAGAUUAUUCGGAUUUGCUUUUUUUUUCAUCUCUUUGAACUUAACUCGUUUUUUGUCACUUUUGUGAUGACUGAUUCUCCGAUUAAUUAAAAAAAUUAAAAGUUCGAAAAAUUCAUUUAAAAAAAGUAUAUUGUUGAUGAAACACACAAAACGUUAAUCGCGAACAAGUAGGUAUAACUUGAUACACAAACUUUGAUAAAAGUAACACUAGGUAGGUACUAGUAAAGUACAUAAGUCAGCAAAGAAAGAGCUGAAGUUGAACUGAUCCUUUAGUGAGCUGAGAGCUGAGUAUUUAUUGGAAAAAGGUUGCAUUGAAAAAUAUGGAAUUUUACAUUUGGAAGCCACUGCACUUUUUAUGAAGUGGAUUUCAAAGGAGAACUUUAUUGUUUGAUUGUUUUUUAGUAUAGGAAGGUAUAGGAUGGAUUUAAGAAGCCACUGACGUUUUUAUAGAGAACAAUGGGUGUACAUUUUUAACAAGCAGCUCAAUAAAACUUUGUGUUAUAGGGAAAGGUGAGGAAAAGGUAUGGGAUGGUUUUAUAAGAGGCCGCUCUUUCUUAUACAUAGGUAGUUUAAAAGUAUUGAAAAGAAGUGAUAAAACCGAAACGAAGUAAUACAUAUUUUACAGAUGGGGUAAAAUUAUGAAGAGGUAAAUAUGGACGAUUUUUUUGUCAUUACAUAUAUCCCCCCCUUGAGGAGAAAAGUGACCUCACUUUUCCUUUAAUAUAAAAAAUAAUCUAUAAAAUAGGACUAAAAAUAAAGUAAAAAUAGGUAAAAGGUAGUUGAAAAAUAUUAUGUUUCAUAGGCAAUAUGUCAAUAACUAAGACAAGCUUAAAAUAAAUAGUAUUUCUAUAGUUUGUUAUGGUUUUAGAAUAAUAUACAAUGCACUGAGUGUGGAAAGCCAAAAAUAGAAAUUAUAUCAAAUGGGUAAGGUGCACCGGGGGAAGUUGGAAUUCGGGGUAAGUUAGAAAACUUGCUCUAGCGCCUAGAGGUUUAUAUCUGGCGAAGUGCCACUAAAGGUGACUUGAGGGUACUACCCCUACUUCAUCACGGCAUAAAAAUUUUCGCGAUUCAGUUUCAUUUUAGAUGUCUUUGGUUCAAUUGUAUUUUGUUGUUGUUUUGAACUUAUUUUGAAUUUGGUCUAAAAUACAGACUUUCUAUUUCUUAGUUUUUCGCAUAUAGCGGACGAACCGUGCAUCCUAGUGAAAAUCUGAUGAGAGUGAUCUCAAAGAGAAUUAAAUUCUCAACAAUUUUGUCACUGAGCAAUUUUUCUAGGACGCUCGGUUUGUGAUCUACGCCUCUGCAAAGUUUAGCCUGUUCUGACUUCCCCCAAUUGGGGUAAGUCAGGACAGUUUAUAUUUUAUUCCACUGAGCGAAAGCUACUGUGUCAAUCGCGCUCAAAUUUUUACCAUAGGUUAAGAACCCUUAUGGGAACCUACAUAAUAAAUUUGAUCCAUAUUGGUUCAUUAGAAGGGGAGUAACAGCUGGUCAAAGUUGAAAUUGUGAAAAAUCAUUCUGACUUGCCCCGGUGCACCUUAUGUUUAUGAAAAUUGGUUUUUGAGGAAGAAGGAGAAAAAAAUAGUUUUUGGGAGUGUUUUUGAGAAGAUUGGAAGGCGAUUUUGAAUGUUGUUUGGUAUCUUUUCAAAAUUAGAGUUCUCUCUAUUAAAUAAAUAAAGAAAUGGUAACAGAAGAAAAAUGACUUAAUUUGUAAUGACAUCUUUGUACAAAAUUUCCAUUGCUGGGAUUCCUGGUUAUGUCCUGGUGAUUUAUGGAAGCAUGUAGAAGGUUGAUAACAUCUUCCAUGAAAAGAAUGCCGGAUAUUGGUGAUGAUUGGACAGUUUUCAUCAGUUUUUCCAUAGUAUGGGUGGUUUACUGGGGUUUUGUACAAUGAAGAAAAUUGGCAGUUCACCAGAUAUUUGAAUGGUCUCAUAAACAACAUCUUCCAAUAGUGUCGAAAAGGAAUCAGUAGUAAUCAUUUUUCAGACUGGGUGGGAAACUCAGUAGCAGGGUGUAUCUCAAAAAAAAAGAGAAAAGAAUGGAAAUAUGAAUAGGUAGGUAAUUUGUGCUUUUUAUAACUAAUUAAAAAUAAAAUAAAA